AUCAAAUAUCCAAUAUUUCGGUCAAAAUCGAAUCCAAUCUCCCACCAUCUGCUCAUUCUGUUCAAGUCAAGAUGACCACUACAACGACCACGGCUGCAGCUACCACUGAUCGGACUCUGAAGAUGGGCCUCAACGCCUCUGCUAAUUCUCCGGAGUGGUUGCAGCAUCUCCAGACGAGAGGAUGGACCGUCGUUCGCGAGGCCAUUCCGCGGGCCAAAGCUCUUGGGUAUGCCGAGAAGGGCUAUGAAUGGCUUGAAAGCUGGAAUCUGGGGUUCAACCGCCAUGAUCCCACCACCCGGAAAGCCACCAAUCUGCCCUGGAAUCUUCGUGGUGGUCUUUACAACAGAUACGGAAUCGGGCAUGAACAGUUCGUUUGGGACUUGAAGUCGGAGCCCGGCCUGAUCGAUAAGUUUGCCCAGGUCUGGGGUACUGACCAACUCCUGGUCUCUUUUGAUGGUAUGAACCUGUCGAUGCCCGAGAGUGAACGCCCGAAAACGGAUCCGAUCUUCGCCCCGUGGUCUCACGUGGAUCAGUCGGCGUAUAACGCUGAGUUCGACUGCGUGCAAGGGAUCCUCAACCUGCUGCCUAACGGUCCUGAAGAUGGCGGGCUGAUGGUUCUGGACGGAUCCAGUGCCUAUUACACUGAGCUCUGGGAGCGAUUCGAGCACAAGAAGCCGGAGAAUGGGUGGAACGCCUGGGCCUUUCAGCUGGUCGAUGAGGAUAUGUGUAGCUGGCUAGAGUCAAAGGGAUGUAAAUGGGUCAAGGUCUGCGCUCAGCCAGGGGAUCUUCUUCUGUGGGAUUCGCGCACCAUUCACUACGGCGCUCCCCCCUCAUCGACUAAUGAUCGCUUCGCCGCCUAUGUCUGUUACAAGCCCGCGAGUGUCGUGGCAGAUGAAGUCAAACAGCAGCGACUGGAGGCGUUUGCAUCUCGCGCGAAUAUUACCCAUGACCCGGCCAACUUCCGCGUCAAGGAGCGUCUUCCACCACGCGACCACCCAUCAUACGAUGUGGCGAUUCGACGUCCUUUGCAGAAUCCAGUGCUUACCAAGCGAGCCCGGCAGCUGAUUGGACUAGAUCCAUACUAGAACGGGCACAACUGGGAGGGGCUCGAGGGAUCGGGGGGCGACAGUCGGAUCUAGCCACAAACUCGGAACUGAGAUGGC